UGAGAAGCAUCAGGUGCCGACUCCAGCUGUGGCUGCUCCUCCCGCUCCAGCUGCUGUUACGUUCGAAGGACUCUCUAAAACCAACAAGAUGAAGGUAAAAUGGAGCCAGCUGGGUUUGGUGUUCUUCCUUGUUUUGUCACUGGUGAUGACAGGCUGCUUCUUCUGGCAGUAUCAACUCCCAAAACUCCUGCCAGAUGAAGAGAUGGGUCGAAAUGCCAAAUCAGAGAUGAUGUGUCCCCGCUUCCCCGAGCCUCUCCCUCUGGAGCAUCCUAUUCCCAGUCUCAAAGAAGCACUGGAAAAGGUAGAUGUUUUGCUCCGGCAGAGUAUGAACCCCAUUAGCCUUCCUGCCUUGUCUGCCAUCGUAAUCCUAAAUGACACCAUUUUGUGGACCGGCAACUUUGGAAAGAGGAAUGCCAGUGACCCCCUCUCAGGACCACCAAAUGAGUACACGAUUUAUAGAAUUGCCAGCCUUUCCAAAAUUUUCCCGACGCUGAUGCUGUACAAACUGUGGGAGGAUGGGAAGAUCAGCUCCUUAGAUGACCCCUUGGAAAAAUAUGUGGAGAAUUUCACCAUAAAAAACCCUCUGGGGAAGACACGAGACUCUGAACUGAAAUAUGUGACAGAUGGCCUGAUAUUUCUAGACAGCGGGGAGGUUCAGAUUCGUUCAUCUUCAGUCACCCUGCGGAGAAUGGCUAGCCAACUUUCAGGUCUGCCCAGGAGGCUCCGGGCCACAAAUCUGCUAUGGAAAGGAAAAACACAAUCUGCAAUUAAUCUGCUGCAAGAUGAUGUUCUAGUUGCAGAUCCAGGCACCAAGUGUCACUACAGUAACCUUGCCUUCUCUCUGCUCGCUCAUGUGAUGGCAGAGCGAGUGGUUGGAACUGAUUACCAGCGAUGGGUCAUGGAAAACAUUUUAGACCGGCUGGGGAUGGAAGACACAGGCUUUGACCUGACCCCUGGGUUACAAAGUCAGAUGGCCGUGGGGGUGUACUCCAAUGGUAAACCAGCUCCACUCUAUGACCUUGGCUGGUACAGACCAUCCGGUCAGAUGUUCUCCACAUCUGCAGACUUGGCUAAGCUCGCCAUGAUGCUGUUGGGUGCAUAUCACCGCAAACUGCUGGAGCCAGACUCCUUGAAAAUAAUGCUGACUCCACUCUUCAGAUGUGAUAAGGACUAUUUUGCAAACCGUACAGGGACACCAUGGGAGGUGAAUGAACUGAUGGGCUACGAGAUGGUGCGAAAAGAUGGUGAUCUGGAUGGCUACUCCGCCACGUUCUCCCUGAUUCCCAGACUUAGGCUCGGCCUGGUGUUGCUCAUGGCAGGCAGCAGGUCUCAGAAACAGGAUGUGGUCACAAAGGCAUAUAGCUACAUUGUUCCAGCCAUUGAGAAAGCCUUCAGAGAAGCCAAGAAGGUCCUCGCUGCGCCUCCAAGUCCAGAUCCUUAUAUCGGCUUUUUCACCUACAGCAACAUCACAUUCUAUGAGAUCAAAGUGGGGCCAGAUGGAGUUCUGAUCAUGCAGCAGUUUGGCCCUCAGAUUGAAGAGCUGAUCCCAGAGAAGUACAGGACAAUAAAGCUUAACUACCUGGUUGAACGAGUGUUCAGAGUUGUGUUUGAAAAAGAAUACCCUUGUGUUUUGCGGGUGGGUACAGCCUCAGUGUCCCUGGAAGCCCAAGAUGGCCAGUUAUUUAACUUCUACUUAUUUAAUAAGCAGGGUUUGUCCCCUGGCUUUGAUGCACCAGGACUUAACACAUACAAUGUAGUAAGAAUAGCACGCAGACCUACUUUCUCCAGCUGAGCUGCAGCUUAGCUGUUGCCUAAAGAUUAAUGGUACAACUUUGAGUACUGUGAGAGACUGAAAGCAAUAAGGAAGCUGUGAACACUGAAAUGUUGGGAUUACUCAUUUUAUAACAGACUGAAGAGCGUCUUUGACUGAGAACAGAAAAAACAUGUACAGAAAAUAAAUGAAUUUCUCUGCUCAGUGACAUGCAUGAAUGUCCUCCUGACACUACUCCUUCAUACCUCUGAGCUGAACAUUCACAUUGUGGUGAUCCAGUGCUCUUUAUUCUUCCUGUCUUCAUUUAAACCACUGUCAUUGUCCUCAUCUCUGUUGUUGACUUUUUCUUCAGACAAAAGAGCUGUGAGUCAUGUACUUUAAAAUGUAUGUGCAUUUUAUUCUUAGUUCUGAAUCUAUGAUAAAAAAAAAAAGUGCACAAAACAUAAGGCUUAUAUAUUUUCGGCUUUCAUGGGGCAAAUGAAAAAACAUUCUCACAUGACUUUGCUUGUGGUAGACAAAAAGAUAAAUCAAUAAGCCUUGUUGCAGUUUUAAAGCUCCUAAUUUAAAAACAGCAACUAUGCACUCAGAUGUGACAAAGAGCAUUGAUUCAGAAUCCAUAACAAGUGGCUACCUCUUACUAUAAAAUGACUACAAAACUACACAGCUGGUGAAGGAAAAUGUCACAUUCAGGUAAACAAAGGCAACCUUUAUAAUGGAGAGGUUGGUUUGAAAAUGUUUAGCCUCUAGUGAAAUAUCACAGUAAGUUAAAGGUUGUGCUCACGGCUGGUGGGAAUAACAAAAAAAUUAUAUUAAGUGAUAGAUUUUGAGAUAUCCAAUCGGGGUUCAUGCAGCCUUCAGAAAAGAAGUCACAGAUGGAGAUGGAAAAUCUCUUAAACCCUAUGAUAAAAUUAA